GUUAUUUGAUCAGAAAAGCUUUGCAUGGGAAAGGGUUCAGGACAUAACAUACAAGAAAUGACUCCACGUUUCCUGGGACUGAUCUUCUUUUUGUCAUGCACAAGUCGUGUAUGUUACGCUGACGUCCUUAACGAUGUAGCAGAUACAAUCGAAGAUGCUGACAAGAAGCUUACCGCAGAGUUAAAAACAUUCCGGAACAUUUUGGGUGCAUUAUCCCACCAGGUAAUGCUGCAGCAGCUGUUGGCUGAAGAACGCAUCAGAUCUGAUGGCGACUCUGGCGUGAAGCAAGUACGUCUCGGGCACGACGGCACACGAAAUUACUACUCGGAAACGCACGGAUUUUCUAACAGGCUGCUGGCAAUUCACGAACACGCCAAUAACAUUCGCACAGUGGGCUUGGGAGAAUUUGUUGGUGUUCUUAACGGAGUGGAAUUCAGGACCAGGCACAAUGAUUACCGUCUCUUCAUGCCCAAUACCACGAGCAGAGACUACCAUGCUAUUGAAGAAAUUCCCUUUCCAAAAGUGCCCCCACAAGUAAAAAAUAAAGGCAGUGUAGACAAACAGGUCGUUGAGAUGCGUAAAUGGUUCAAGGCGUGGAAAGAUCAAGAUCAUACAGUAAGAGAUUACAGAAAGUACUUCAAGCCAGUACUCUGUUACUUGGAGGGAGCAUGGAGCACUGCAACCGAGGAUAUUGACGAACCUUUCGAGAGCGACCGGCAUUUCAUUGACGCAACAUCCUGGUUUGACUUACAAGAGAAAGUUCGCUUUACCUCUUACACCGGAAGAAAAGACAAUAUGGAGAACUUUUCCUUUCUGCCAACUACAAUUAUAGAUAUAAUAAAUGGCACUAUCCCCGUCUUUGCUCAAUGGAAUUAUCGGAUUCUGUGUCACCCCUUAAGUCGAGACGUCCCACUGAACAGGUUUCGCAUGGUUGAUGAGCUGCAUUCAAGACUUCCUGCCGAGCGGAAAUAUGAAGAGCAGACAAAUACCAGAGCAGCAAGAUUCCAACUCAAUCCCAAAGACUCCGACAAGUGGUCCGACGGUUUCAAUAAUAAUCCUAGAUUUACUUUGCUUGAUGAACUCAUGGGAGAGAUUCCUGGAAAGGACAACUACCCAGGCGAUCUAACUGAUAACGCAUUUAACCUGCCUGCCCAGAGUAUGAAUCCCAAGAAACCAGGAAAACUGAACGCUGCUUACUACCAUCGACUUUUCAAAGUGCUGGAAAGAGACGCCAUGGGACAGGCAAUACGGCACCGUGGUUAUUCAGAUGUAAACCUGUACGUGGCCAUGAACAGUCAACCAAAAGUAGCCGGUAUGAAACUGAAAACUUGCAAAGGACCAAAGAACAAACCACGUUGCAAAACGGUCUCUCAGAAGUACUCAUACGCCAUUCCACUAGAAAUAAUAUACAUGACGCCCCUGAACAGUUGGAAUCCAUUCAAGCUUGAGUACAAAGGCUCAGAGAGGGAGCCAUACGGAAAAACAGUGUUUCAAGGCGGUCGCUCUGGAGGCAGAACUCCUGAUAAGGCUUACAAUGGUACCAAUAGUAAGAAGUAUUACCAGACACCAUCUGCAUUUUACACAGGGCAGGAGAUCAGCACUGAUUCUGCAGAUACAGCCAAAAACAGCGUUGGUGUGUUGGACAGGGAUGGCAAAACCGUAAGGAUCUGUCGAGCUAGUGGAACUCGGAUCUUCUUACCAGAUAUAGACGGUGUUGGCGUCUUGCGUCAACGUUAUCCCAUCAUGCCUGUUCACGGAGAGGGAAGCGCCAUGUGGAAAGAACUUGAAGCAACGAAAGAUCUCCUCAUGAAAUCACAAUCCUAUGGCUAUCUCUAUAGAGAACCAAUUGCAGGCUCUGGUGUUUUGCCAACAGCACCUACAGACAGACCACUCACACUUCGAAUGGCAGACGCUACAAAGACUCCCCCAGGUCCUCAUCAACAUGAAAUAACUUUAAAAGCUCAAGAGGUGAAAGAUGCAAAGACCGGAAGAAAGCCUUCUUUUAGAAAGCUGACGACGACAGGAGCUGGACACCAACAUAACAUUGUUGUUGCCUGGAGAAACAACAAUUGGGAGAUACGACAGUGCGAUAAAUUCGAUAAUGAAGAGUACAAAUGCCGUGACCAACAUGGCAUAUACCUAAGUGAAGAUAAAAGCGUGUAGUAGUUUGAAACACCAUUAACCUCUCACGAGGAGGCCCCAGAUGAUUGUUUGCGAAAGCUGUGAUUUUUGCCCUGAUGAAAUAUCCCAAAAGUCAGUGGCAGUGUAUGAAUUAUAUUUGAGGAUCAAAAUAAUAAAAAAGUGGA